UGAAAGGGGAAAUAGGUGUUUUUCAUUUACCAGAGUGAAUGAUUUAAAUAAAAAUUUAAAGGGACAACAGAAAAGUUAGCAUGUCUGAUAAUAAAGAACCAGCAUUGUCUGAAACAGACCAGCAAAUUUUUAAGGCAAUUGAGAAUAAUGAUGUAGUUCUUUUAAAAACACUUCUUGCAGAAACAAAAAACGUGAAUAUUCUGGAUGAGAAUUCUAUGACUCCCCUUCAACAUGCUGCGUAUAAGGGAAAUAAAGAUCUUGUUCAGGUCCUUCUGGAUCAGGGAGCAGACGUGAAUUACUGCGAACACCAACAUACCUACACAGCUCUGCACUUCGCCGGUCUCUCUGGAAACUCAGACGUCUGCUUGGCAUUGUUGUUGGCUGGCGCAAAGUCACACAUCACCAACACAGUCGGCCGUACCCCAUCACAAAUGGCAGCUUUCGUAGGACACCACAAUUGCGUUUCUGUCAUCAACAGUUAUAUUCCAAAAUCUGACAUAGACUAUUACACGACAGCAACAGCGAAUCGGGGUCCAUACCUUCCGCCGUUUUUAUCAGAAAGUUUCCAUAAAUUCGUUAUGCAAAUUAAUAUACAUCCAAUUAAAGUAGUUUUGAAUGUACAGAACUUUGUAGGUUUGUCGGAACAUUUGCCAGAAGUGAAAAAAGUACUUGAAUUGAUGUGUGAACGGGAGAUAAAACGCGCAGCCGAUAAAAAUGAGGUUAUGUCUUUCAAGUUCCAUUACUUAGGGUAUAUUGUAGGAGAAGUCGUAAAAGUAAGGCAGAGGCAAACUGCGAAAAAGGAUGAAGGUGAAGACGAUAAAAAGUUGGAUAUCACUGAACUUUUUACGAGAAAAUUGCUAAAACCUGGCAAAGACGGACAGUUGGAGUUCAUGGACGCAUUUUUAAAAGAAUGUAUCAGAGAGUUUCCUUACAGGGACUGCACGUUAUUUAGGCAAAUGGUUGCAAGUCUAGCAGGAGAUGAUCCACCGCCGUCCCUGGUAGUAAUUCAUCACGCCAUAAACGGCCAAAGAGGCUUCGAAGAUUGUAUAUCCAUCUGCAACACCUGUGGAGAAGAGAAACCUGCCAAAAAAUGUUCAAAAUGUAAAGUUGUACAAUAUUGUGAUAGGAAUUGCCAGAGACUGCACUGGCAUUGGCAUAAAAAGGCUUGUCCUAGAUUAAGUCAGAUGAUCGAUACAGAUGUACAAACCAAGCCAGAUGCUUCAGAGUUAUCAGCGGAGUUGCAGAAUCUUCUUGUGAACAAUUGAAGUCAAAAAUGUAUAAUGUGAAUUUUAUUUAAUGUUUAUUUGACACUGUUUUAUGAACAAAACAAGGUAUUUAAUUUUAAGUACACUAAAGCAGUU